UCGUCAUCCCACCCUCUCCAACCCCUCCCCUUCCCGACCCGACCCGUCUGGCCUCGCCUCUCGUUCACCCAACUCCCAACUCUACUUGUCCAUCUCCUAUCAACCUUGACCAGCCCUUUCAACCCUGUCCGUGUGAUACGCAUCGGAAUCUCCUGUCAUGUCCAAGGCUCAAUUCCUGCGCGAGUACAAGCUCGUCGUCGUCGGUGGUGGUGGUGUCGGAAAGUCUGCACUUACUAUCCAGUUCAUUCAAUCACAUUUUGUUGAUGAAUACGACCCCACCAUUGAGGAUUCCUACCGUAAACAGUGCAUCAUCGACGAAGAGGUCGCUCUGCUCGAUGUUUUGGACACGGCCGGACAAGAAGAAUACGGAGCUAUGCGAGAACAGUAUAUGAGGACUGGCGAAGGAUUUUUGUUGGUCUACUCUAUCACUUCCCGCAGCUCGUUCGAAGAAGUUUCCACAUUUCAUCAGCAAAUCCUGCGAGUAAAAGACAAGGACUACUUUCCAGUAGUGGUGGUCGCCAACAAGUGCGAUCUGGAGUAUGAAAGACAGGUUCAGCCUCACGAGGGUCGGGACCUGGCCAAGCGAUUCAACGCUCAGUGUAUCGAGACUUCUGCCAAGCAGAGAGUCAAUGUCGACGAGGCUUUCAUUGCCGUCGUCCGAGCCAUCAGGAGAUACCAGAAGGAGUCUGGCCCUCCCCAGGCCUCUGGUGCUCCUUCCAAGGCGCAAAGUGGAGGCGUUGGCGGACGUGCAAAUGAGAAGGACGAUCAUGUGGACAAGGGGUGCUGCGGCGGGUGUGUCGUCCUCUGAGGGAAAUGGAUGGGCAGUGGAGGCUCUCCUUCUCUCUUUCAAAUCUAUUAUCUGAUCAUAGUGUUACUAUCUAAUUGUAUACAGCUAUUUUACUUGUUAAGGGAUUUUGGCAGCAUAGAGUCAUUAAUCGUAGGAUGCAAUGGGCCUAGACGCGGUCGAAACAUUCCCGAUUUGUUUGCUAUGCACCACAAAUGAUUGACU